AUUAAACGGUAAAAAAUCACUCGCACGCACGCACUGCCAUUGAUUUUGCUAAGCGAGAAAAGGAAAGAUCGGAACGGAGAUUGAGUGAAGUUUGAUUUUUAUUUAUUUUCUAGCGAUUGUGUACUUAAAAGCUGAACGUUUAGCAAAGAAAAAUAAAUCAAUUUAAAGGGAAAACAACAAACGAAAUUAUUUAAAUAAUUUUGCCGAAAAGCAAUCAUUGCUUGUUAAAGUCAAUUUUCCCACCCAACUUAAUUUAACAUACAGCUUAAACAUGAGCAAAGCCGAAGCUUCCAGACAGGGUGCUUACAAAAGCAACUCCAUCAACACCAAUGAAUCACGUUUGCGUCGUCAUGAGGUUACGGUGGAGUUGCGUAAAUCCAAAAAGGAGGAUCAAAUGUUUAAACGUCGUAACAUCAAUGAAGAAGACAUCACCUCACCUCUCAAAGAAUCAAAUGGCCAAUCGCCGGUUCAAAUGACAGUGGAUGAAAUUGUUGCCGCCAUGCAAAGCACUGAUCCAGAGAGACAAUUUGCUGGUAUGCAAGCUGCCCGUAAAAUGUUGUCCCGAGAACGAAAUCCACCAAUUGAUCUGAUGAUUGGUCAUGGUAUUGUGCCUAUUUGUAUACGUUUCCUGCAAAAUUUUGAAAAUCCUCUGUUACAAUUCGAAGCAGCCUGGGCCCUUACCAACAUUGCAUCGGGCACGUCGGAACAAACCCGUUGCGUUAUUGAAAAUAAUGCUGUGCCACAUUUUAUUGCCCUCCUCCAAUCAGAAAAUAUCAAUUUGGCCGAACAAGCCGUCUGGGCAUUGGGUAAUAUUGCCGGUGAUGGUGCUGCUGCCCGUGAUAUUGUCAUACACCAUAAAUGCAUUGAUGGCGUUUUAAAUAUGGUCGAUUUACGCAAAGAUAUACCAAUUUCAUUUUUACGUAAUAAUGUUUGGUUAAUGUCGAAUUUAUGUCGCAACAAAAAUCCUUCACCACCAUUUGAGGAAAUCAAACGUUUAUUGCCGGUGUUGUCGCAAUUGUUGUGUGGCACAGAUAUUCAAGUGUUGGCUGAUGCCUGUUGGGCAUUGUCGUAUGUGACCGACGAUGAAAAUCAUAAAAUUCAAGCUGUUGUCGAUACGGGUGCGGUGCCACGUUUGGUCGCUCUCUUGGGUACCGAUGAACCGGCCAUUAUUGUGCCGGCAUUGCGUAGUGUGGGAAAUAUUGUUACUGGAACGGAUCAACAGACUGAUGCUGUAAUUGCUGCUGGCGGUUUACCUAAGUUGGGUCUUUUAUUGCAACAUUCCAAAAAUAACAUUGUCAAAGAAGCCGCCUGGACUAUCAGUAACAUAACAGCCGGAAAUCAAAAACAAAUUCAAGCUGUUAUUGAUGCGGAGAUUUUCGCUCAAAUACGUAAAGUCUUGGAGAAGGGCGAUUUCAAGUCACAAAAAGAAGCCGCUUGGGCCGUUACAAACACAACAACCAGUGGCACACCCGAACAGAUAAUCGACUUAAUUGAGAAAUAUCAAAUUUUAAAACCAUUCUGUGAUUUACUUGACGCCAAGGAUCCCCGUACCAUUAAGGUGGUGCUAACAGGUCUAUCGAAUCUCUUUGCUUUGGCUGAGAAAUUGGGUGGCACCGAGAAUCUCUGCCUGAUGGUCGAAGAGAUGGGCGGCCUUGAUAAAUUGGAAAAUUUGCAGCAACACGAAAAUGAAGAAGUCUACAAGAAAGCCUAUGCCAUCAUUGAUGCCUACUUUAGCAAUGGUGAUGGUGCUGAAUCGGAAUUGGCACCCCAGGAAGUUAAUGGUGCGCUGGAAUUCAAUGCCGCCCAAUCGAAAGCACCUGAGGGUGGUUUUACAUUCUAAUGAAAACCAUAUGAUUAUUUGCUUGUACUGAAAUAUGGAGGGAACGGAGGGAGGGGUAGAGACAUUAAAACAAUUCCCAAAACAACAAAAGGCAAAGGAAGUUGAGCUUCUUUUGUUUGUUUAGACUUUGAAUGUGUUACUCAGACAACAUUUGUAGUUUUCCAAGGAAAGUGUCUUUUCCUAGAUGGACUCACCCUCUCCUCUUUCCCUCUCUCUAAUUACUCAUCAUUACCAUUUUUUUAAAUGCAUUUUAACCCUUGUUUUAUUUUAUACUUAAGCAUUAAACGCUCAUCCAUUCAAUCAUUAUGUAUGUCAUAUAGAAAUAUUUGUAUUAUCAAAUCAAUUUUUUUAUACAUUCUGCAUGCCAUGCUCCCCGAACUCUGUUAGUCUAUUUGUUAAGCCUGAUAACAUAUUUUCCAAUUUUCUAUUUAAGAAUUUAAAAAAUUUUAUUUAAUAAAAAAAUCUGUUUACAUUAUAUUUCAAAA